CGCGUCUUUGAGGCUCAGUCUCGCCGGGGCUAUAACGUUAUUAUACGCUACUACACGCAGGGCAUCUCUUAUUAUUAAAAGCUCAACGUUGUACGAUGGGUUUUUCUCGGUUCGAGCCAGAUCAGAUUCGCUGCCAAUGAAGAAAGCCUUGUCUAAAUUUUUACGCCGUUUCAAACCAGGUCAUCCUCAUUCUGCUUCAUCAACUUCUGUAUUACCAUCCAGGGAUCACCCACGUGCUAUCGUCUCUCACCCUCACGUCAGCGCAUCAGCCAUGGCCUCUAACCCCUCCCCCUCCCCCUCCCUUCGCGGCAAGGUUGCUCUUAUUACUGGUGCUUCCAAAGGCAUCGGCAAGGCCUCAGCUAUCGCACUCGCGCGUCUUGGUGCCACGGUGAUCAUCAACUAUUCUUCGGAUGAGCAAGCCGCGCAAGACACCCUCACCGAGGUGCAGAAGCUGGGUGUAGGUGAAGCGCGUCUCGUGCGCGCUGAUGCUAGUUCCGUGGAAGGUGUGCAGUCACUCGUCAAGCAGACCGUCGACGCCUAUUCUAAGAUCGAUAUACUCGUACCGAACGCCGGUGUCCUGCCUAUGAAAGACCUCGAGCAUACCACCGAGGCUGAUUUCGACCGUACCUUUGCUAUUAACGUCAAGGGUCCUUAUUUUCUCGCCCAGGCCGCCGCGCCGCACAUGUCUCCUGGCUCGCACAUCAUCUUCUUAUCUAGCACGCUAACCACAGCAUCUACCGUCAUGCCGGGCUAUCUGCUGUACAAUAGUACCAAAGGUGCCAUCGAGCAGAUGACUCGCGUGAUAAGCAAGGAUCUCGGACGCAAGGGUAUUCUCGUCAACGCCGUCGCGCCCGGUCCCACGGGAACUGAGCUCUUCUAUCGCGGUAAGAGUGACGAGCUGCUUAAGACCAUCGCAAACUUUAGCCCCCAGGGCCGCAUUGGCACUCCUGAGGAGAUUGCCGAAGUUGUCGUCUUCCUGGCACACUCAACCUGGGUCUCGGGCCAGGUGCUCCGCGCUAAUGGGGGUAUGGCUUAACAAGAUCUAGGAAGGGAAAAUAGACAAAAUGGGUAUGAAAGAGGAGGGAGAGACAGCUUUAGAACAAGAAUCAAAUAGUUUGAGAGCUAUGCGUAUCGCUAUUACCUAUCCCCUUUUUUGUACAUCCCUUCGAACAUUUGGAUAUUAUAAAAUAAACCAGCGUAGAAGAUGAGUAAAUAUUUGAUAUUGCUUCUCAUCCCGUAUUAUUUGCCUCCGUAGAUUCAGAAAUUAUCCAUGUAAGCUGAGUAUUCAAAAUUCUUUAUCAGACAGGAUCUUUCGGACUUUGGGAGAUCGGUCUCUGAAGUCGAUUUAAAUCGUCCAUUCAGCCCAAUGCGUUGGGCCGACGGUCUUAUGAUGGGCUUAGUGGUCCCAAUGCACUUCUUCGAUUACGCGACCGCGAAAGAAAAUAAUUCUCGCCGGUUCGAGAAUAUGUUUUCCUCUCUGUUACGGACCAAGGCUGAUUACCUGAGGCGGCCAAAUGGGCUUCGGAGAAAUAGGUAAUCCAGGGCCGGGAGUACGAUCACGUGAUACCCCUUAGGGAACCUGGGCACCUGGAGGCUCCCGGGCAGCAAGUUCGAUGCGCCAGGUUAGGCCAAAUAUACUGAAAAAUGAGGCUUAACUGGCCGUAUCGUGGGACUGAC